AUGUUGGUAGUGGGUCUUACAGGGGGAAUUGGAUGUGGUAAAAGUACAGUAUCCAAAAGGUUAGCAGAGAACCAUGAUAUACCGGUUAUUGACGCAGACAAGAUUGCCAGAGAAGUAGUUGAACCUGGACAAGAUGCAUACAAUAAGAUUGUCAAAUAUUUCACAGAUAAAAUUGACUAUUUGCUCCUGGAUGACGGUCAUUUAAAUAGAGCAGAAUUAGGUAAAUGGGUUUUCAGUCAUCCCAAUGACUUAAAGAUAUUAAAUAAUAUAACUCAUCCUGCUGUUCGAUAUUCAAUUUUUAAAAAUAUGGGGUAUUAUUAUGUUAAAGGAUAUAGGCUGGUUAUUUUGGAUGUUCCCUUGUUAUUUGAAGCUAAAUUAGAUAUGUUUUGUGGUGUCACAAUAAGUGUAAUUUGUGAACGAGAUAUUCAAAUUGAAAGGCUGAAAAUCAGGAAUCCUGUUAUGACAACGGAAGAAAUUGAAAACAGAAUUAAUUCGCAAAUGUCUAUGGAUGAAAGGGUUAAAAAAUCAGACUAUAUUUUGCAGAAUAAUGGGACAUUGACUGAAUUAUAUGAACAAAUAAAUAACGUUGUCAUGAAAAUCAAACCAAGUUUAAUGAGAACUUCUAUAGAGUAUUUCCCAUUAUUUGGGCUAGUUAGUGCUACUGCAAUAGUCUUAUCUAAAGUAAUCUAUGCUAAAUUCGAUGCCAAUUUUAGUGAAAGUGGGGAAAAUGACAAGAAAAAGGGCAAAAAAGUAGCAUAA